AUGCUAAAGUGUGAGCUGAGCCCACACCAGCCCCAGCAGCACAGCUCUGGGGUCUGUCCAGAGUCAGCCCCAACCCUCCAGAGUCAGCCCCAACCCUCCAGAGUCAGCCCCAACCCUCCAGAGUCAGCCCAAACCCUCCAGAGUCAGCCCUCCAGAGGCAGCCCCAACCCUCCAGAGUCAGCCCCAACCCUCCAGAGUCAGCCCCAACCCUCCAGAGUCAGCCCCAACUCUCCAGAGUCAGCCCCAACUCUCCAGAGUCAGCCCCAACCCUCCAGUCAGCCCCAACCCUCCAGAGUCAGCCCCAACCCUCCAGUCAGUCCCAAACCUCCAGUCAGCCCCAACCCUCCAGUCAGCCCCAACCCUACAGUCAGCCCCAACCCCCCAGUCAGCCCCAACCCUCCAGUCAGCCCCAACCCUACAGUCAGCCCCAACCCUAAAGUCAGCCCCAACCCUACAGUCAGCCCCAACCCUACAGUCAGCCCCAACCCUCCAGUCAGCCUCAACCCUACAGUCAGCCCCAACCCUACAGGAACAGAGAAUGGAGCCACACAUUCACCUGACUACACAUCUCCCCUGGGUGACACACCUGACUACACAUCUCCCCUGGGUGACACACCUGACUACACAUCUCCCCUGGAUGACACAACUGACUACACAUCUCCCCUGGGUGACACACCUGACUACACAUCUCCCCUGGGUGACACACCUGACUACACAUCUCCCCUGGGUGACACACCUGACUACACAUCUCCCCUGGGUGACACACCUGACUAUAUAUCUCCCCUGGAUGACACACCUGACUACACAUCUCCCCUGGGUGACUCACCUGACUACACAUCUCCCCUGGAUGACUCACCUGACUACACAUCUCCCCUGGGUGACACACCUGACUACACAUCUCCCCUGGGUGACUCACCUGACUACACAUCUCCCCUGGGUGACUCACCUGACUACACAUCUCCCCUGGAUGACUCACCUGACUAUACAUCUCCCCUGGAUGACUCACCUGACUACACAUCUCCCCUGGAUGACUCACCUGACUAUACAUCUCCCCUGGAUGACUCACCUGACUACACAUCUCCCCUGGGUGACUCACCUGACUAUACAUCUCCCCUGAGUGACUCACCUGACUACACAUCUCCCCUGGAUGACUCACCUGACUACACAUCUCCCCUGGGUGACUCACCUGACUACACAUCUCCCCUGGACGACUCACCUGACUAUACAUCUCCCCUGGAUGACUCACCUGACUACACAUCUCCCCUGGGUGACUCACCUGACUACACAUCUCCCCUGGAUGACUCACCUGACUACACAUCUCCCCUGGAUGACUCACCUGACUACAAAUCUCCCCCAGGUGACUCACCUGACUACACAUCUCCCCUGGAUGACUCACCUGACUACACAUCUCCCCUGGGUGACACACCUGACUACACAUCUCCCCUGGGUGACACACCUGACUACACAUCUCCCCUGGGUGACACACCUGACUAUACAUCUCCCCUGGAUGACACACCUGACUACACAUCUCCCCUGGGUGACUCACCUGACUACACAUCUCCCCUGGAUGACUCACCUGACUACACAUCUCCCCUGGAUGACUCACCUGACUAUACAUCUCCCCUGGAUGACUCACCUGACUACACAUCUCCCCUGGAUGACUCACCUGACUAUACAUCUCCCCUGGAUGACUCACCUGACUACACAUCUCCCCUGGGUGACUCACCUGACUAUACAUCUCCCCUGAGUGACUCACCUGACUACACAUCUCCCCUGGAUGACUCACCUGACUACACAUCUCCCCUGGGUGACUCACCUGACUACACAUCUCCCCUGGAUGACUCACCUGACUAUACAUCUCCCCUGGAUGACUCACCUGACUACACAUCUCCCCUGGGUGACUCACCUGACUACACAUCUCCCCUGGAUGACUCACCUGACUAUACAUCUCCCCUGGAUGACUCACCUGACUACACAUCUCUCCCGGGUGACUCACCUGACUACACAUCUCCCCUGGAUGACUCACCUGACUACACAUCUCCCCUGGGUGACUCACCUGACUACACAUCUCCCCUGGGUGACUCACCUGACUAUACAUCUCCCCUGGAUGACUCACCUGACUACACAUCUCCCCUGGAUGACUCACCUGACUACACAUCUCCCCUGGGUGACUCACCUGACUACACAUCUCCCCUGGGUGACUCACCUGACUAUAUAUCUCCCCUGGAUGACUCACCUGACUACACAUCUCCCCUGGAUGACUCACCUGACUAUACAUCUCCCCUGGAUGACUCACCUGACUACACAUCUCCCCUGGUGCCCAUAGGACUCUACCAGUGCCCAUAUGACUCUACCAGUGCCCAUACGACUCUACCAGUGCCCAUAGGACUCUACCAGUGCACAUAUGACUCUACCAGUGCCCAUACGACUCUACCAGUGCCCAUAGGACUCUACCAGUGCACAUAUGACUCUACCAGUGCCCAUAUGACUACCAGUGCACAUAUGACUCUACCAGUGCCCAUAGGACUCUACCAGUGCCCAUAUGACUCUACCAGUGGCCAUAGGACUCUACCAGUGCCCAUAGGACUCUACCAGUGCCCAUAG